AUGUACAGGAAAAAUCAAUAUGAACAGUCUUGGAUUGUCUAUAGAGCAAAUGGUAAAGCAUGGAUGACAGCAAUUUUAUUUCAAGAGGAUAAGACUGUCUCUAAGGUAGCAUCAGCUAGAAAGAUUGAUUUGCAAAUCAUAUAUAGAUCAGGUAAUAAAGAACUUAGCCAUUUAGAAGCUUCUCGAUCAGUAACACCAAAUAAAGUCAUUAAGGAUCAUAUUAAUAGGGAUAAUGGCUUAUAUUUUGGGUUGAGGGACCUGCAUUUAGCAGAAGCAUUAUUUAAACUUGACAAUGAUGAUUUAAAUCCAUUUCACAGAAUCUUUCAUUCUGAAAAUAUUUCAACACCAAAUCAUCAUAAGGCCAGUUUUAUCAGAUCAACAUACUUCACCCCAAGAAAAUCAAAACAAACUGUUGUUGAAGAAAUAAAGGCAUUGCAAUCUGUUGAUUUUGAAUCCUGUUAA